CAAGAAAAACAGUGAGGAACGGGGGCUGCUUCCUGCUGCUCACAUGUACACAGCAGCACCAAACUGAUUAUGGAUUCUUCAAAGAGUAAAGACUCCACAAACAGCGGCCUUCAAGAAACCAAUUUAGACACCAACGACGAGAAAAAAGCCCACUUGUGUCCCGGUUUUAAAGACGCGGAUGCUUUUGUUAAAUAUGGAUUGGGUGCUGUAUUAUCCGCCACCAAAGCAUCCGCCGGCUUGCCUCAAACUGGAGAUGAAUAUGAUUUCUAUCGGAGCUUCCCGGGCUUCCAGGAGUUCUGUGAAAGUCAAGGAGAUAAGCUCUUGCACUGCAUGAGUCAGAUAAUGCAGCACCACGGCUGCAGAUCUCGCAUGAGAGACCGGAAUAAGCUGACGGGGCUGGAGGAGAGGUUUGACUUGGUUGUGGACUCGAACGACGUCAUCCUCGAAAGAGUGGGGAUUCUUCUCGAUGAAGCUGAUGGGGUGAACAGGAACCAGCAGCCUGUCAUGCCUGCAGAGUUUCAGCCUCCCAAGAUUGUUGUUUCCAGCUGGAAUCGCAUGGGUUCAAGCUCUGGCAAUCGUUCUGAGACGUUCCGACUGCUCCAAGCCAAGAAUAUUGCUAGGCCUCAGAUGAAAUUCAAGGAAAAAGUUGACAACAGCAACACACCAUUUAUUCCCAAGAUCUUCAUCAAACCCAAUGCAGUAAAGCCUCUACCUUCAUAUUUCACCAACAAGCAAAUCCGUAAAGAGAGACCCGAGGACCUUGAUGUUCCGGCUGCUCUGGCUGACUUCAUUCACCAGCAGAGAACUCAGGAACAUGUUGAAGACAUGUUUGCACACCCAUACCAAUAUGAACUGGAUCAUCUUACAAUACCAGAAACUGUUCUGUCCAAGCCAGAACCACAGAUGUACAAACCGUUGACUGAGACCAAAUGCUCCUUCAUUGACACACUGGAGGAUCUGGUGGCUCUGAAUGAGAAGCUUUGCAAAUUGUCUGAAUUUGCAGUGGACCUUGAGCACCACUCCUACAGGAGUUUCCUCGGCCUCACCUGUCUGAUACAGAUCUCCAGCAGAGAGGAGGACUUCAUCAUCGACGCCAUUGAGCUCCGCAGCGAGUUGUACAUCCUCAACGAGGCAUUCACUGACCCGGCUAUUGUCAAGGUAUUUCACGGUGCUGACUCUGACAUUGAGUGGCUGCAGAGGGACUUUGGCUUGUAUGUCGUCAACCUGUUUGACACGCAUCAGGCCAGCCGAGCUCUGAACCUGGCCAGACAUUCCCUCGACCAACUGCUCAAACACUUCUGCAAUGUGAACUCAGAGAAACGCUACCAGCUGGCUGACUGGAGGAUUCGCCCUUUGCCAGAUGAGAUGGUGCAGUACGCCCGGAUGGACACCCACUACCUCCUUUACAUCUAUGACUGUGUGAAGGUGCAGCUGCUGGACUUUAACCACGGGCAGCCUGGCCUGCUGCAGAGUGUCUGGAACAAGAGCAAAGACAUUUCUCUGAAGAAAUACAUGAAGCCUAUAUUCACAGAGGAGUCAUAUUUGGAGCUGCAGAGGAAGCAGAAAAGAUCUUUUAACACCCAGCAGCUCACUGCCUUCAGACUGCUAUUUGCCUGGAGGGACAAGCUGGCCAGGCAGGAAGAUGAAAGCACCGGAUUUACCCUGCCCACUCACAUGAUGAACAAGAUAUCUGAGGAGCUGCCCAAAGAGCCUCAGGGCAUCAUUGCCUGCUGUAACCCUGUACCCCCACUGGUCAGGCAGCAGGUCAAUGAGCUCCAUUUGUUAGUGCAGCAGGCGAGAGAAAUGCCUCUUCUUAAGGCUGAGAUUGCAGCUGAAAAGAAGAAAGGACUCACACCCAUAAAAAAGCCCGAGGUCACAAUGUUUGGUCCUCAUGAUACAUCCAGGGUCUCUGAGAGCGAUCUCCAGCACUGUUCUCCUGAUGAACUGCCUGUCAAACAAGGGGUGCUCUUCGCAGAGGAUGAGCCCAAGAUGGAUGUUGUGCAGAAAACAAGUGGUCUUAUGGCAGCAGCUAAAAUCACACAGUUCGAGGAGCUGGAAACACAGAAUGACCACGAGUCCCUCUCUGUGGCUCAGAUGAAAGCCAGACGGAUCAUUGAGUGUUUUGAAAACCCUUUCAGAAUGUACUUACCCUCCAGUGAUGUGCACAUCAGCAAGAAUGCCAAGUUUGACCCAUCUUCAAAAAUAUUUGAGAUUAGUAAAAGAUGGAAACUGCUGAGUAUGGAACAGCAACAGAAGGAGUUGGAGGCCAAGAAGGAGGCCAAUAGGAAAGCCAAGGAAGAAGCAAAGGAACACACAAAGAAAGUGGCAGAGGAAAGAAACCAGGCUAAACAGAGCUACCAGGAGUCUCUCCAGAAUGUUGCCACUGUUCGCCAGCAGGCAGCGGAAUCUGCAAAAGGUGGCGGAAAGAAAAGAGAGAGGGUCGCCAGUGAGGUUGGAGAGUCGACUCCCAAACCGAGUAAGAAGCAGAUGAAAUCGGCAGAGAAGCCCCAAAAGACAGAACCGCCGCCCCAAGACAGCUUCAAGCCUUUUGACUACAGUCAGUCAGACCUCAAAGUCUUUGCUGGUACAAAAUCCAAAGACAACACCCAGUUUGAUCCAAACCGACAAGCCCAUGGUUUUAAGAAAAAGAAAACUCCCAGGGGACAAAAAUCCAAUAGUGGAGCUGGAAGCCGAAGUAUGUCGUACAUGGCUGGAAAAUCUGAUAGAGGAUUCCGGCACAACUGGCCCAAAAGAUAAACUCCCUUUGAUACUAUUUUCUGUCGUAUUUUAAAACUUUUUUUUUUCAUCCUGCAGAAACAAUGUUUCCAUUUUUUCCUUCUUGCAAGUGAAAUUCAGUAUUUCAAUAUUUAAUGAAUUUCAAAGUGUAUUUUCUUCUAUCUGUGGAAAAGUUUACCCUGUAAAUAUGUGGAAGCACAGACCUCUUUAUUAAAGAUGAUUUUAGAGGAAA